CCGGUGGGAAGGAAGUGCUGGGGAUGUGGUUGCAUCACCUGUAUUCCUUUGGAUUUCCAAAGAAGAAAGCAGGGGCGUCUCUCUUCGCGCUCUUUCAUGAUCCUCGCGUUCUCGGUUCUGGUGCCGCCAACAGCGGACUUUCAGUGAAAGAUGAACGCGGACGGCUCGGAGACGAACGUUCAAUUCGGCGAGAUCUAUGAGUGGAUCGAUCAGAUCAAGUUGUCCAGGCCGAAGAAGAACAUAGCCAGGGAUUUCUCCGAUGGCGUGCUGAUGGCGGAAGUGCUGAAGUACUAUUACCCUAAGUACGUGGACGUGCACAAUUACGUCGCCGGCAACAGCAUCGCGAAGAAGGUGGACAACUGGUGCACGCUGAAUCGCAAGGUGUUCUCCAAGAUCGACAUGAAGCUGAGGAAGGAGCUGAUCAAUCAGCUGGCGGGCUCCCAGUCGGGUGUUAUCGAGAAGGUUCUCGCCGACCUGCGAGCCAGGAUUCAGAAGGAUUGCGAUGCCGACGAGCAGUCUUUGUAUUCCAAUCACGAGGACGAUAAAGAUGGUAAAGUUACUGACGAAAUUGUCAAUCGAAUUUCCCAAUUCAUUCCAACCGUCUCAAUAUUUUCCACGAUUCAAACACUAACCCAGCUAACUUCUCACAAUCCGAUCAUUUCGUGCGCGUCUGCAGAGACGGUGAGGUCCGUGCUGAAUCCUGACGUGGUGACGAACAAAAACGUGCCCCGGCACGUGUACACGCGCUUAAAGCACGAGCUGCAGGAGAAGGACGACAAGAUCUCAACGCUGCAGCAGAAGAUCUCGCACAUGGAGAGCAUAAUGAAGCUGAAGGAUCAGAGGAUCGACGAUCUCACGCUGCAGAUCGCGGCACAGUCGCAAGAUCUGGAUAUCAGUCCGCGUUCUCAGGGAGUUUCGAAACUCUGCGGCACCAAGUUGUAGCGCGUCAGGCGAGCCUGAGGUGAAAGGCGUCGCUCGAAAAGUAUCGCACUCGUCAUGAUAAGUCGGCCCGCAAGGUAGCUGAUUAUCGUAUCUAUACAUAAACUGUACAUUAUAAGAAUACACUAUUUAAUCACAAUCGAA